AUCACAUUGCUUUCUGAUUGGUGAAUCUCAUCCCUAGGUACUUACAGCAUCGAAUCGGUUUGAGUGCAAAAUUCAAGAAAAGAAAUUGGUAUAAUUUCGUGUAAAUAGGAAACCCUAGGUGAACUGAAUAAGUGUAUCAUAGUUUUGCCUUAUUAAAAAUGCUCAGUGUGAACGCCUGGGUGUAAAAAUCAAUUAAUUUAGAGGAUUUUAUAUGGAUGUGACCAGCUGAUGGCGGGUGAAAAUACUGGAUUCGCUUGGCAGUUUAGUGAUUCCACUCUGUGUACGACGGUUGUUGUAGUUUUGUAAAUGAUUUUUGUCGGGAAUGUUAGACAUCAAAAAGAAAACGGCGUAAAUCCGGUCGAUACCGCGGGAUUUUCACGAAAAAUCACAAGUUGGGCGUGCACACACACCUUGUAGUUGUCAUUGAUAUUUAGCAAUCGUUCGUAAAUUUAAAGGACUAUUAAUAUAAAUGAUGCGCCUUAAAGACUGUAAAAUUUGACCAAAAAGCAGUGCGAAGUGUUGAAAUGCAGGGUUCCCCGGCGGUUAUCCUGGUCUAAAUAGUGAGUUUUAAUUUUCAUACGUCUUGGCCAUUGGGAUCGGUCAUCGCGAUGUCUACGACGGCUUUCGUUGAUAGAAUCGACCCCUUCGCGAAACGUUCGCUGAAAAAGAAGACAAAAAAGUCGCAGGGCAGCUCCCGGUAUAGAAACUCCCAAGAUGUUGAGCUACAGCAGCUACCACUUCUUAAAGAUGUUCCCGCAUCCGAGCAAGAGGAGCUCUUCAUCCGCAAGCUGCGUCAGUGCUGCGUCGCUUUCGACUUCAUGGACCCCGUGGCCGACUUGAAGGGCAAGGAGGUGAAACGGUGCACGUUGAACGAGCUGGUGGACUACAUCACCGGCGGCAGAGGUGUCCUCACCGAACCUGUCUAUCCGGAGAUCAUAAAAAUGGAAACGAUUGUUUGUUUCCAGAUAUCCGCGAACUUGUUCCGCACUCUACCCCCGUCCGAAAACCCGGACUUCGACCCCGAGGAGGACGAUCCUACGCUGGAGGCCUCCUGGCCCCACUUGCUGCUCGUCUACGAGUUCUUCCUCCGUUUCCUGGAGAGCAGCGAUUUCCAGCCGACGAUAGGGAAACGCGUCAUCGAUCAGAAGUUCGUGCUGCAACUCCUUGAGCUAUUCGACUCGGAGGACCCGAGGGAGCGGGACUUCCUCAAAACGGUGCUGCACAGGAUCUACGGGAAGUUCUUGGGCCUUAGGGCGUUCAUAAGGAAGCAGAUCAACAAUAUUUUUCUUAGGUUCGUGUAUGAGACUGAACACUUUAACGGCGUGGGUGAAUUAUUGGAGAUUCUUGGCUCCAUCAUAAACGGGUUCGCGCUUCCACUGAAGGCGGAGCACAAACAAUUCCUUGUGAAGGUUCUCAUACCCUUACAUAAGGUGAAGUGCCUGUCGUUGUACCACGCCCAGCUGGCGUACUGCGUGGUGCAGUUCCUGGAGAAGGACCCGACGUUGACGGAGCCCGUGGUACGCGGCCUGCUCAAAUACUGGCCGAAGACGUGCAGCCAGAAGGAGGUGAUGUUCCUCGGCGAAAUAGAAGAGGUGCUGGACGUCAUAGAACCGUCUCAGUUCACCAGGAUCCAAGAGCCGCUGUUCAGGCAGAUCGCGAAAUGCGUCUCCAGUCCACACUUCCAGGUCGCCGAACGAGCGCUAUACUUCUGGAACAACGAGUACAUAAUGUCGUUGAUGGAGGAGAACAACCACGUCAUUAUGCCGAUCAUGUUCCCGGCGUUGUACCGCAUCAGCAAGGAGCACUGGAAUCAGACCAUCGUUGCGUUGGUGUAUAACGUUCUAAAAACAUUCAUGGAGAUGAAUAGCAAGUUGUUCGAUGAUUUGACCGUCAGUUAUAAAGCAGAGAGACAAAAAGAGAAGAAACGCGAGAAGGAGCGCGACGAGCUGUGGCGAAAGCUGGCCGAGCUGGAGCUGAACCACAAGCCGUCCGACGCGCAAUCGGGCACCGCCCCCUCUGCUGCCCAACAGUCCCCCGCCCCGUCUGCCCCGGCGUCCGCCCCGCCUAGCGCGACCGGCCAAUCGCAGCAAUCCUUCAACAGCACCAGCCCCUCCACCAAGAAGUGAUAGGGCGGUCGAACUAUCAUACCUGGGGUAGCACGCCCAAGUACACAUAGAAAUAUUUACCUACUCACCACCACUCAUAACCUGUCAAGAACGUUCACUACUUGGCCGGCCAUCUAGCGGAUCAAAAGUGAAGCACUCUGUCGCUCGUUAGUGCGCCCUAUGUCGUGUAAGGAAAGGCUAGUCCGUUAUUCUAAUAAAGCAGUCGUAGACAGAAUGAAAACUACACCAAGUAACAAGUACAAUACUCGAUGUAUUUAUUAAAAUGUAUAUUAUGGGAAUCUUGAAUAGAGUUUCUUUAAUUCAAUAAAAAUUUGAUUCUUACUAUAAAUUCUCUCGUUGUGUCAAAAUCGUACUUCACGCAUGCAAUAUAGUUUAUUUCCAAAAUAAUUGUGACCACUUAAAUCGUUUCAGUUUACUAAAGAAACAUUUCAUAGCAAACCAUGAUUGAAGAUUAUAUUAAAACAUGGUUGCUGAUGUUCCCAAAUCUCCAAUUAAAAAUAAUAGUUUUCUGAACUUGCUAAAUAUACUGAUCUUAUGUCAGUAUAAUUGCCAGGUUGUAAUGUUUCUAAAGUUUAAUAAGCAUCUGCUAUCAUUGUACGCAAAAAAAAUUGAGGAAGCAUGAAAAAAAUCCAAAUAUUUCGGUGAUCUGAAACAGUGUUUCGGUGAAAAAUGAUCGCAUCUGGAUUAUAAAUAAUGCAUUUUGUAGCUUCUAGAUUCCAGUUUUCAGGUUUUUUAGCAGGAAAAUUUUAGGAGCAACGGUUCUCAUGCAAUUCUAACAGAUAGCAUCAGAACAAUUUUUUGCAAAAUGUUUGC